AGCCAUUCCUGUAGUUAGUCGCUAGUGUUAUUUUCGCAACUCGCGAUUGAGAUUCUUCACUCUACAACAGGGCUUUCGAGUCUUUCUUGGUACUUUGUCAGUCUUGGUGACUUUCUUUGAAACAUUUCCAUGACGGAUUGAGGAAUCAAGGUCGUUAAUCAGUCAAACGUGCCUUCCAUUUCCGCGACAGAAGUAAGAACGCAUCGUUGAAUCAGAUUUGUGGAUGUAAGGUAAAUACUUUUAUUUGGAGUUUCUCAGUUAACAAUUUCUCCUUCAAAUGUCCUCAAUCUGUCCUAAUUUUCCCUGAUGUCCGGCAAUGUAAGACGUUCCUGCAGUUUAAUGACGAGGAUUACCAACUUUUAUUCGAUUCUGGCGUGUAUUAAUUGUAUUGACGCUUAGUGUUACUUGUAAGCUAAUUGAGCUGAGCUUACAUGAACAUGUUACAACUGUCGAAUUCACAAAAAUUCUCACUCAAUACCUGGCAUUUACAUCUAAAAAAAAUUAAUUUGAGAGAGUUAAAAGGAAUCUCCAAAUUACCGAUUUGAUUUAGUGCAAGCGCGGAUGAUCGAAACACUUUCAGUUUCGUUUGCGUUUCAUGUGCAUGUGGAGCAUGCGCACGAAAGUGUUUUGCGCUAGUUUUCAUGUCUGGAUUACGUGUUAAUUAAAAUUCCUUCCGUAUUUAAGAUGCAUUUAAUUAAAAAGCGAUAAACAUUUCCAGCUUAUUUCAUGCGUUUAUGUUUAUAAUUUUAUAGUUUGAGAGUAAUUUUUUCUUUAGGAUAGACUGCUUAGAUUGUCCUUCCAAACUGUACUGUUAUACUGAUUUCCUUGUUAAAUGUUGAGACAAAUUGAUUUUUCUUCAAAUGCCGGCAAGUGAUUUAUUGGAAGCGUCCUUUCAAUUAACUACAUUCAAUUUUUAGGAGUCCAACUCAUCAACUGGUAAUGAUUGAUUGGUAUCUGAGUAAAGUUUUACCUUUUGUCAUCUUCUAAUAAAUAUAAUUUAUGAUCAAUCAAUGAUCACAUCAGAACUGGUUUAGUUCUGCAUGUGGCAGCACGCAUCCAAGUAUGUGUCUGUUUAUAAUUUAUGUUAUCAUAUAGCGAGGUAGGCUUGGGGUAAAUAAAAAGUUCUGAUUGGUUCUUACUUGGUCAGGAUUUUGCCACCUAGAUCAUCAUCGCACCAUACAGACAAUCAUAAAACAUGUAAAUUCAAAGCAAACUAGUUUAGUCCAAGUGACAUUAGUGCAUGACAAUUACCUUGCUUUCUUGAGCUGUACCGGGGAAUAUUGGUACCAUGCCAUUUCUAUACUGCCACAACCUUGGGCCAAUAUUCCCCAGUAAAUUAAAGCCCUGGUGCUUAACUGGUUAGUUAGAAGGUAGUACUGGCUUUUGUAAAAAUAAUCUACACGGUAUAUGUAUCUCUGGCUAUUUUAAAUCCCAGUACAAUUGAUUUCCUUGUUACUCUAGUUUUUAUUGAAUUUGUUUGUACAUGAAGACAGCCAGUAAGGAUUAUUUGAUAUUUAAAAAACAAGCCAUCUUGAUUAUUAGGAGAAUUAAAGUUAGCAUCAAAGACAAAUCAGUUUUGUGCACAAAACAAUGUAAACAUGAAAUGAAUACAAAACAAUCAGUGAAAUGUAUGUCUUCACCUGUACCAAAUUGAAAUCCAUUUCAACACACAUCAGCAUGCAUAAAUGUAUAUAUUUCACUGCUUUUCCAGCAUUAAGUGUAACAGUUGAACUAACCCUCACCUAUGCGAAUAUGGGUGUCAGCUCAACAGUAAGAAAUUGAAUUAAAGAAAUAUAUCUUUCAUAAGUUUUGACCAGUAAUCCCUAUUUAAAAAUCAGAUGAGAUAAUUUUUCUUUGGUGUUGUAUAAUUUGUUUCUUAUGAGAAAGAAUUCAGCAUAAUCUCUCUCCUCUUGUGGAGACAUGGUGGUCUUAUGAUUUAAGUGAGGUGGACUCAGGGUCAGGAGGUCUGCAUUUGUAACCUGGCCUUUGCUGGACUCAGAGUCAAGAGGUCUGGGUUCCAGUCAAUGUGUUGCAUCCUUGUGCAAAUCACUUUACUCUUACAGUGCCUGUCUCCAGCCAGGAGUACAUGUAUAAAUGGGUAGCAAAAAUUAGUUAGGGAAACCUGAUAAAAUGCUAGGGGGGUGAAAGGGCUGGAUAAUAAUACUCCCAGUUGCUUCAUGUGAGGAAGCCAGGAUUAAUUAAAGCUCAGGUCCUGGAUGGACCACUGUUCAUAUCCAGACGCAACCUAACUACCUACCACCUCUUAGUUUAAAUGAUUUAAAUUGUUGCUGUUACAAAUUAUAUGAACUUGAAACACAAAGAUGUUGAUUUUUGCUCAAGUUAUUUCAGUCAAUUGGGAAUGUCUUUAGUAAAUCUUGAAAUUUAUUGUAAUGAGAAGAGAAUUACUGUUCAUUUAAAUAUUAAUGCUUGUUUUCUUCAGUAUAUAUAUCUUUUGUUCUUUUUACUGCUUUAAAUAUGCUAUUAAUAUUAAUUGCUUGUGAUUUUGUGUCUAUGUAUCCCUCCCAUUCUCAGAGGGGAAAAAAUAUUUAGUUUACAAUUGGAUAAUAUGUUGAGCUAAUUUUUUUACCAUUUGCAACCAUCUUUUUUUCAUGCCAGGAUGACUUAAAACAGCAACUUUUUGUAAGAAGCAUCCCCUUACAGUUGCUAUGGCUAAAGAAAGAAGUCCAAUUAAGGUCCCAUCUGAAAAUGAAGACUUACCUGACAAAGAGAAUGCUCCAGAUUUUGACGAGGACGCUUUACAAGGUGAGCUAGGUUCAACUUUGGCUUCAGCCACUGUUAAAACGUUUUCUAUUCCACUAGUUUCAAGAAUGUAAGCAGAUGUGGAGAACAAUAUAUACACUGCAUGACCACUUUAAAGGAUAUUUGGCCAGUCAUGACUCUCAUCUAUGAUUACAAUAUGUUGUUCAUUGACUGAGAGGAUCUAUGACAUAUUUGUUAUUUUCUUUUCUCAAAGUUCAAAGCAAGUACACAAAGUUAUAAUAAGUAAAGAGGUUAUUUGAUCAUCAUAUAACAUUCAUUUUGUAAGUUUGCAUCAUAAGUACCAUCAUCAUCAUCAACAUCUUUCCAUUAUAUUAUGCAACAAUCAAUUGAAAGUUUCAACUUCCCCCAAGCAACCAAUUUCCAGUAGAGUGCAAGUGUUAUAUCAUUGAAUAUGGAGGUGUUUAACCCUUGACACCCAAUUCAAUUCAUCUUCAUUUGAAGAUUAAUGCUUCUUAGGUUGGUGAUCAUUUCCUUUAUUCUCAUGAGCUUAGUGAAUGAUUCAGCAGUAUUACUGGAAGGAGAAGUGAGAUACUGGUCACUCUUAGGGUUUAAAGAGUUAAGGUAGAUAGUGAACUUUCACUAACAAAUGGCUCAGAAGAAAUAAGUCUACAAGGUCUAGGUUUUAAAGCUUGGUCAAUUAGUUGAAAGUCAGGUUGCUAAUUAUUUUUUUUUUUUUUGUAUAAAAAUUGUGUGGGGCAUUUGAACACAUUCUUAAUUUUGCCUGUGGAAAAGGAAUUUUAUGAAACCUAUCUCCAAAAGUUAAAAUGCCCAGGGGUUUGUUUCGAAUAGAGUGAUGCCUAAUUCUCAUCAUUAUUAUUAUCCCUGUUGUCACCUACAUUAUUAACAUCAUUAUAAAUAUUAAUCUCAUCUUCUUUAUCAUUAUUCUUCUCAUUUAUAUAAUAACUAUUUUUCUAUUAGUAAUAUUGCUUCUGGUUUUUAUGACUGCAACAUUUGGAUCUUAUUGACUCAUUAAUAAGGUAUCUAAAUGUAUUAAAGGCAGUAGACUCUUCUACACUUAUAAUAUGCCAACCCUCCCUGAUUGUCAGGGAGUCUCACAGACACAGACCAAGACUCUGGGUCUGCCAUAUGGGUCAUCAAACCUUUAAGAUAAUUUAAACUCCAGAUUUCCCACAUCUAAGGUUAUCUUGCCUUUUGUUAAAAUUAGGGUUCUUAUCUUAAUUUUCUUGAUUGCACUUAGAUUGUUUCAAAGUAGGGAUGACACUUUCUUCCAAACAACAACCACAACAGCAAAUGAGUCUGAUUGGUUGAGCUAUCAACCAAAAAAUCUCUCAUGAAUUUACUGAAUGGGGUGUGUCCUGUGAAGGGGGCAUGGGGGGGGGGGUCUGCACACAUCCUCUAAGCUUUUCAGGGGAUGGGUCAAGUCAGGCAGGUGCAAAAGUGGCAGCUGGCACAAAAGGAAAAAUCUUCAGAUUUUAAAUCUCCAGAUCUUGGCAGCUCUGCUCAUACACUAAUUAACUACAACCACAGAUAAUUAUUGACUAUAACCACAGACUUUGACACAAAUUAUUUUUUAUUUUUUCUCUGCAGCCAUAACUGAUGUUUAUAAGAAUAAGGGUAAUGAGGCCUUCAAGAAAGGAGAUUUCAUCAAUGCUAUUCAUUUUUACACCAAAGGAAUUAAAAUGAACUGCAAUGAGAAAGAACUGAAGGCCAAACUGCACAACAAGAGGGCUAUUGCACAUUUUAAACUCGGUAAGAUGAUGAGAGCUUUAAGAUGCAUUUUUUUUUCUUUUGAAGCUAUUGAGUUGUUAUCAGUAGUUUUCUGAGAUAGGUGAUAAUUUUUAAUGCAUGCCCAGAAAAAUAUACAUCUUAUCUUAAUAGGCCUUGCGAAUAUACAAAGAAGUAACCUCUUAUACCCCAGAUAUCAGUGAGCAUCGCAAGUUUUUCCUAAAAUUAUUGUAAUGGAGUGGUGGUUGGUUUGCUACAUGUAUGGCUAAUCAGAGAUAUUUAUUUUGAUAACAGGAAAUCACCAGGAUUCACUAAGGGAUGCAGAAGCAGCCAUCGAGUUAAAUCCAACUUUCCUUAAGGCAAUUGUGAGAGGUUAGAUAUGUUAGCUGUGCUAUAAUAAUAAUAAUAAUAAUAAUAAUAAUAAUAAUAAUAAUAAAAGAAUAACUCAACACUCUAAGGUUAAAAAAGAUUAGAUGAAGUUCAAUCUUGUCUCAAUGGACUUUAAUUAAGAGUUCGAGACCACCCUGAUGUGCAUUUGAAUCCAGCUCUUGACUGCUAUGCAACUACUUUCCAUUAAUUAUGAUGAGAAUAUUAUUUUGAGCUGGAUGAAGAACUCAAUGCAGAAUGCAAAGCAAAAUUUCAGCACAAGUAUUUUAGUUCCUUAAGCUCACUCAGAGUGAGGUAGUCACAGGUGUCAGAUAUGUUAAGUCACUAUCUAGCUGUUUUAAAAAGAAGUAAGGAUCAGGACUUACCUAACUCUUUAGGCAAGGAAUUGUCAGUCCCAAUUUAAAUGUUCUUAGAAGUUUCAGUUGUCUUAAAAGCUAAAUAAAUCUAACUGAAACCUGAUAGGGCCUGUUUAUUCUUUUCCAUUCAGUAUUUUUGCUUUGUUUUGUUUUGUCAUUUUUUUUUCUUCUGGUCUGUAAUGAUUUCAAUGGUUUCAGGCUCUUUUUUCAGAAUUGAGCUACAGUAAUAAUAUGCUUCUUUAUGUUGUUGCCCAUAGGAACCACUGCUUGUGUUGAAUUGAAGAGAUUUGAGGAAGCAAUCACUUGGUGUGAUAAGGGACUAGCUGUAUCCUUUGAAGGAAUCCUUCAUUUUUAACCGUGGGUAUAAUGGAAAAAGUUUCCAUAAUUUGAUGUUUUAGGGGAGAAAAUACAAAGAAUUAAGGGUAUUAAUUAUGAUGGGAACUUGUCAGCUCAUACUUUAAGAGUGUGUGAUUAAAAAACAUGGGAAAAGUUAUUACCUUGUGACUUAUCAAUGAUAUUACUCCUUUUAGCCAAUUUGACUUAGUUCUACUAUCUAUGCCAAUAACUUGUACAUCAGUUUAGAUAACCCUUUAAUUCACAGACCAAAUUUGUAAUUAUCCUUACAGUCAACUGUACAAUUCUUGUAAUGUUAGUUCAGAGAAUUCAGUAUUGGAUCAACUAAUUAUUCCCAAAUUGAUAUUUUUCUUUACUCUCCACACUUAUCUGAUGAUGUUGUAUAGCUCUCGUAAGGAGAAAUUCUCUCUUGGUCACUCAUGGGAGUUAAAGGGUUAAAAGUCAAAUAUUCACCCAAUUUAUACAUAGUACGUGAGUAGAUCAGAUCUCUCUAAAACAAGCCAGAACAAAAAGCUUGGUAAUGUUUACAUAUCCUAUGCAGAUUUUCUUGAAUUUAACCUUUUCAACUACUUAGAGACCUGGAAACUUUCGUCAUGUUUUCCUAAGGACAAAUACAACUUUUAAAGGCACGUAUUUGUGUUGUAGACUUGUUUCUUCCACUGCUGUAAAACAUUCGUCUGAUGUUAAAGCUAUAUUAAUUUAAAAAUUAAGCAGGUGCUCCCCAGUUUUUGGAAACAAGGGAUUAAAUGUAGAUAUUACGCGUUAAAUUUUGAGUGUAGAUUUACUUCAUAACUGACUGAAUGUUGAUAAAACAUCUACGUUUCACACAAGCCCUCCUAAUAGACCAUUUUAUAGUUGUGUGCCUAGUUGCCAAGCCUUUGAUUUGGAGUGAGGCUGAAGGUGACCUUGUUGUGAUAGAGACCAGUAUCUAUAGUGACAAUAAUAACAAAAUAAUUUGCAUUUGAAAAGCAGCAAUGUUUUAUCAUAACAAGGUCACCCUUUAUAGCCAUCACUCUUGUUCAGAGGCUUUACAACCAAGCAUGCAACUGUAAAAAUGGACUAUUACAUACCAAUAUAAUGAGAAAUAUAAUAUUCUCGUUUUGUCCGCCCUUUUAACCCUUAACAUAAAAAAGAUUGACAAAAACAAUAGGAUCUUGUCCUCAUUAAGACUUCAGUCUGUCAGAGAAGUGGGAGAAAAGUCCAUGGAGGAAAAAGAUCCUAUUAGUCAUAACCAUGGUAGUGCAAGUUCAGGUGAUGUCAAGAAAGUCAUAGACCUCUAUAAUCAGGGAGAAGAAGCCAUAAAGUACCUCAACCUACUUAAAAUAGCUAAAGAAGUAGGAGACAAGCAUGGGGAGGGUGGUACUUAUGGCAAUCUUGGCAAAGCUUCUCUCUGUCUGGGUGAUUUCAAAAAAGCCAUAGAGUACCACAACCUACAUCUUAAAAUAGCUAAAGAAGUAGGAGACAAGCAUGGGGAGGGUGGUGCUUAUGGCAAUCUUGGCAAUGCUUAUCGCCGUCUGGGUGAUUUCAAAAAAGCCAUAGAGUACCACAACCUACAACUUAACAUAGCUAAAGAAGUAGGAGACAAGCAUGGGGAGGGUGGUGCUUAUGGCAAUCUUGGCAAUGCUUAUUUUAGUCUGGGUGAUUUCAAAAAAGCCAUAGAGUACCACAACCUAGAUCUUGAAAUAGCUAAAGAAGUAGGAGACAAGCAUGGGGAGGGUGUUGCUUAUGGCAAUCUUGGCAAUGCUUAUGACAGUCUGGGUGAUUUAAAAAAAGCCAUAGAGUACCACAACCUAGAUCUUAAAAUAGCUAAAGAAGUAGGAGACAAGCAUGGGGAGGGUGGUGCUUAUGGCAGUCUUGGCAAUGCUUAUUGCCAUCUGGGUGAUUUCAAAAAAGCCAUAGAGUACCACAACCUACAUCUUAAAAUAGCUAAAGAAGUAGGAGACAACCAUGGGGAGGGUGGUGCUUGUGGCAAUCUUGGCAAUGCUUAUUUUAGUCUGGGUGAUUUCAAAAAAGCAAUAGAGUACCACAACCUAGAUCUUGAAAUAGCUAAAGAAGUAGGAGACAAGCAUGGAAAGGGUGUUGCUUAUGGCAAUCUUGGCAAUGCUUAUGACAGUCUGGGUGAUUUCAAAAAAGCCAUAGAGUACCACAACCUAGAUCUUAAAAUGGCUAAAGAAGUAGGAGACAAGCAUAGGGAGGGUGUUGCUUAUGGCAAUCUUGGCGUUGCUUAUUUUAGUCUGGGUGAUUUCAAAAAAGCCAUAGAGUACCACAACCUACAUCUUAAAAUAGCUAAAGAAGUAGGAAACAAGCAUGGGGAGGGUGUUGCUUAUGGCAAUCUUGGCAAUGCUUAUUGCCGUCUGGGUGAUUUCAAAAAAGCCAUAGAGUACAGCAACCUAGAUCUUAAAAUGGCUAAAGAAGUAGGAGACAAGCAUGGGGAGGGUGUUGCUUAUGGCAAUCUUGGCGUUGCUUAUUUUAGUCUGGGUGAUUUCAAAAAAGCCAUAGAGUACCACAACCUACAUCUUAAAAUAGCUAAAGAAGUAGGAGACAAGCAUGGGGAGGGUGGUGCUUAUGGCAAUCUUGGCAAUGCUUUUCGCCGUCUGGGUGAUUUCAAAAAAGCCAAAAAGUACCACAACCUACAUCUUAAAAUAGCUAAAGAAGUAGGAGACAAGCAUGGGGAGGGUGUUGCUUAUGGCAAUCUUGGCAAUGCUUAUCACUGUCUGGGUGAUUUCAAAAAAGCCAUAGAGUACCACAACCUACAUCUUGAAAUAGCUAAAGAAGUAGGAGACAAGCAUGGGGAGGGUGUUGCUUAUGGCAAUCUUGGCAAUGCUUAUGACAGUCUGGGUGAUUUAAAAAAAGCCAUAGAGUACCACAACCUACAUCUUAAAAUAGCUAAAGAAGUAGGAGACAAGCAUGGGGAGGGUAACGCUUAUGGCAAUCUUGGUCGUAUGUAUCAAAGUAAGGGAGAUUUGAUAAAGGCUAACGAGUCAUACAACCUAGCGCUUAAAAUUGCUCAAGGGGUUGAAGACAAAUACUUGGAGGCAAUGACCUACUGUUCGUUAGGAUGCGUUUCUGAGUUGCAGGGUGGACUGCCAAAAGCCGUUGAACAUUACCAAGCUAGCAUAAACUUAUUCAAUUCCUUGAGAGUACUUCUAAAAUCUAAAGAUGAGUGGAAAGUUAAUUUUCGAACUCAGUAUCAAAUGGACUAUACGGGUUUGUGGAGAGUUCUCCUUGAACAAGGUAAUAUAGAUGAAGCCUUAUUUGUUGCUGAGAAAGGACGAGCUCAAGCUCUGUCCGACCUUAUGGAAUCUAGUUUUUGUGGUGGAACAAGUCAGCACAAGACAGGCGAUGAAGAUUUAGCAGUCACUGCUAAGUCUUCAUCGAUUUGGAUGAAACGUUUUUUAAAAGUUUUAAACAACGUUCCAUCAAACACCGUCUUUCAGGCAGUGGAUAGAGCUGAUGUCAAUCUUUGGCUUAUGUCCGAAGGAAAACAAGUUCAGUUAAGACAAAGUAAACUCAAAGGUUUUGUUUCAGAGAAUAGUGGAGCUAGCCAGUCCUUUGAGUCGUUCAUGCUCGGUGUCUAUACACAACUCGGUGUUCGUUCUAUUAGAAGAUGCGAGGAUCGGUCUUUGGAUGCUUUGAGGGAGAGCCCUUCAAAAGUGGAUGAGAAACCUAAAGAAGACACCCUUCAACCUGCCAUCCAACAAAACAAAUGCUUGAGCACUUUGUAUGAUAGCGUCAUGAAGCCGGUGGCUGACCUGGUUCAAGGGGAUGAGCUAGUCAUUAUUCCCGAUGGACCCCUGUGGCUUGCUCCUUACGCUGCUUUGAAGGAUGGUAAUUCUAAAUACCUGUGUGAAUCUUUCAGAAUCCGAAUCGCUCCAUCAUUAACGAGUCUUAGACUCAUUGCCGAUUGCCCAGAUGAUUAUCAUAAAAGCAGUGGUGCGUUACUUGUAGGAAAUCCGUGGGUAGUCGAGGUUACCAACAGCAAGGGAGAGAAACUCCUCGAGCAGCUUCCGUGUGCUGAAGAAGAAGUAGAAAUGAUCGGAAAAAUUCUGAAUAUCGCGCCAAUCACUGGCAGACAAGCCACGAAACGUGAGGUGUUAAAAAGACUCGGUUCCGUUUCCUUAGUUCACUUUGCGGCACACGGAUGUAUGGAAACUGGCGAAAUUGCUCUUACACCUGACCCAGACCGAACAUCUACUGUGCCUACCGAGAAGGAGGAUUACAUUUUAACGAUUCGAGAUGUGUCAAAUGUUCAACUUCGCGCUAAACUAGUUGUACUUAGUUGCUGCCACAGCGGUCGAGGCGAGAUCAAGGCUGAAGGUGUGGUUGGCAUUGCGCGCGCUUUUAUGGGGGCUGGUGCCCGGUCUGUUGUGGUGUCCUUGUGGGCGAUUGAUGACAAGGCUACUCUUGAGUUCAUGAAAUGCUUUUAUCAACACCUUGCCGAAAGUGAACCUGCAAGCAAGUCACUGAACCUGGCCAUGAGAAGCCUUAGAGAAUCAGACCAGUUCCGCGACAUCAAACACUGGGCUCCCUUUUUGCUGAUUGGAGAUGACGUCACUUUUGACUUCAUGGCAAAGGAAAGAGGAAAUUUGAAUACAGUAUUAAAUAAAUGA